AUGGCCGGAGCCGUACCCGCCGCGCCCCUCCUCAAAGACGAGCUCGACAUUGUGAUCCCGACGAUUAGGAAUCUCGAUUUCCUCGAGAUGUGGCGUCCGUUCUUCGAGCCGUACCACCUGAUCAUCGUCCAGGACGGCGACCCGUCAAAGACGAUCAAGGUGCCGGAAGGUUUCGAUUACGAGCUCUACAAUCGUAACGAUAUUAAUAGGAUCUUGGGGCCCAAGGCGUCCUGCAUCUCGUUCAAGGACUCUGCGUGUCGGUGCUUUGGGUACAUGGUGUCCAAGAAGAAGUAUAUCUACACCAUCGACGACGAUUGCUUUGUUGCCAAAGACCCAUCUGGGAAGGACAUUAAUGCCCUCGAGCAGCACAUAAAGAACCUCCUGAGCCCAUCUACCCCUCAUUUUUUCAACACACUUUACGACCCGUAUAGAGAAGGUGCCGAUUUUGUCCGUGGGUACCCUUUCAGUAUGCGUGAGGGUGUCCCAACUGCCGUCUCUCAUGGCCUCUGGCUCAACAUCCCUGAUUACGAUGCCCCUACCCAGCUUGUCAAGCCUCUUGAAAGGAAUACCAGGUAUGUGGAUGCUGUAUUGACAAUUCCAAAGGGUACCAUUUUCCCGAUGUGCGGUAUGAAUUUGGGGUUCAACCGUGACCUGAUUGGGCCGGCUAUGUACUUUGGGCUCAUGGGAGAUGGUCAGCCCAUUGGGCGAUACGAUGACAUGUGGGCUGGCUGGUGCACCAAGGUUAUAUGCGACCAUUUGAACCUAGGUGUCAAAACCGGUCUCCCGUACAUCUGGCACAGCAAGGCCAGCAACCCUUUUGUGAAUCUGAAAAAGGAGUACAAAGGCAUAUACUGGCAAGAAGAGAUAAUUCCCUUUUUCCAAAAAAAAUACCGUGUUGCUUGGAUUAAGGGCAUUUAA